UCCACAGCUGGAGAUAAAAAGCUGCAGGGCACAAGUUCCACCAUCAGAGAGCCUUUUAGCACCUCUGAGGCAAAAUGGGAAGCUUUCUCUUCUUCUCUGCUGAAACAUGGACCCUACUUGUGGCUUUUGUCACACUGCUGCUUGUGUAUGCUUACUGGCCUUAUGGCACCUUUAAAAAAUUAGGCAUUCCUGGUCCUAAACCAGUUCCCUUUUUUGGCACCAUGUUGGCUUACAGAAAGGGAUUCUGUCACUUUGAUAAAGAAUGUCAUAGGAAAUAUGGAAAAACAUGGGGUAUUUUUGACGGCCGUCAGCCUGUGCUGUGCGUCACAGAUCCUGCCACCAUCAAAGCCGUUCUGGUUAAGGAGUGUUACUCUCUUUUCACCAACCGUAGAAACUUCCAUCUGAACGGGCCGAUGUAUGACUCUGUGUUCAAUGCUGAAGAUGAUCAGUGGAGGAGGAUCCGUGGCGUCCUCUCUCCUUCCUUCACCUCAGGAAGACUCAAAGAGAUGUUUGGCAUCAUGAAGCACCAUUCUACUAACCUAGUCAACAGCAUGAAGAAGAAGGCAGACAAAGACGAACCCUUAGACCUGAAGGACUUCUUUGGUCCGUACAGCAUGGAUGUGGUCACCAGCACAGCCUUCAGUGUGGACAUCGACUCACUGAACAACCCCUCAGACCCCUUCGUCACUAACAUCAAAAAGAUGCUCAAGUUUGACUUUCUGAACCCUCUGUUCCUCAUAGUUGCUUUCUUUCCUUUCCUUGGACCCAUAAUGGAAAAGAUGGAGUUCUCCUUUUUUCCUGCAUCUGCGUUUGACUUUUUUUUUUCUGCUCUGCAAAAGAUUAAGUCUGAUCACAAAAACAACAAGCAAAAGAGUCGAAUUGAUUUCCUGCAGCUGAUGAUCGACUCCCAGAAGAACAACCAGAACGGCCAGCUGGAUAAAGGUUUAAGUGAUCAUGAGAUCCUGUCUCAGUCCAUGAUAUUCAUCUUUGCCGGCUAUGAAACCACCAGCAGCUCUCUGACGUUCUUGGCUUACAAUCUGGCAACAAACCCAGAGGUCAUGAAGAAGCUGCAGAAGGAGAUAGACGCCACCUUCCCUAACAAGGCUCCCAUUCAGUACGUACCACUGAUGGAGAUGGAGUACCUGGACUGUGUCGUCAAUGAAUCUCUCCGACUGUUUCCCAUAGCGGCACGUCUGGAGCGUGUGGCCAAGGCAACUGUGGAGAUUAAUGGGCUGCUGAUUCCUAAAGAUAUGACUGUCAUGAUUCCCACAUGGCCAAUACACAGAGACCCUGAGAUAUGGCCUGAACCUGAGGAAUUUAAACCUGAGAGAUUCAGCAAGGAGAACAAAGAGAAAAUCGAUCCCUACACCUACAUGCCCUUUGGGGUAGGACCGAGGAACUGCAUUGGAAUGAGAUUUGCUCUGGUGUCUAUGAAACUCGCGUUGGUGGAGAUCCUCCAGAAAUACAGCUUCACUGUGUGUAAGGAAACAGAGAUCCCCGUCGAACUGGAUAUCCAAGGUCUCAUUGCACCAAAACGGGCCAUCCAUCUGAAGCUGGUGCCCCGCUCUACAUCCUAAUCAGAAACAACCA